AGUAUUAUUUGAAUCGUUGAACGAUUAGCAUUGUAAAUAUGAGUGGUGACAAAUAUUCUUGUUAAAUAUUUUUGCGAGUAUAGAAUAUAUUUCAAUUCAGCAAAUAAAGGUGUUUCAAAAAAUAUAAAAAGCAAAAUAAAUUGUGUAGACAGAAUAAAUAACUGAUUAUUCAUCAUAUAUACGAAAGUUUUAUCACUCUACACUAAAAAAAAUUGGAUUUUGAUUUUUGCAUAUACGAGAAGGAAUUUAGACAAUAACAAGAAGCGAAAUUUCUUUCUCUACGAGCCUCAACUGCACUCGACAUGAAUUUCCAGCGAUCACAAAGUAAGGUGUGGUUCGGGUCACAGCAAAAUUCAAUUUAUGAUAAUUUUUAUUCGUUGCCAACGUAUUACAAUGAGAAGAAGUCAUUGCAAUCAAUAACAGAACAACAUGAAGAGUCUUUAUCGCCUGAAAACAAGACCAAUGAACUCAAACGUAGCAUGAUGAUUUGGGGAAAUCGGAAGAGUCCAUCUAGUCAUAGUCAUAAAAGUCAAGAUUCUGGAUUUUCUGAUGUCGAAACAUCACCAACAUUGGGAACAAACAAAAAGAAUAUUUCAACGACAUCCGAUGCAGAUGCAAAUGAAAGAUCACCUUCUGCAAGUAGUCGAGCGGCAACGCCCCCGACAGUGAUAAGAAGACCAUCAAAGAUUCCCAUUUACGAAGAAAUUGCGUCUGUUAAACGACUUUCAUUUAGUGCACCAUCGUCUCCAAAUGAACUGGAAGAAUCUAACUUUGAAAUGAUUUCACCUUCAAAGUCAAACGAUUCAUCACGAUCAUCAUGUCGUUCUUGUAAAUUAAAGAGAAGUCGAGUCAUUACAAAGAAUUCACGUUUACCAUCAUUAAAAUCGCUUAAUGGAUCAUCAAAUGAUUCAUUCACAUCGAUGCCUUAUAACAACGAAACAGUUUACUUCGGAGAUCCGGACAUGAUGGAAGAAAAGUCUUUGUUAAAUUCGUCAAUUGAUUUUCCAGCUGGUACUUCAACCCCUAAAAUGAAAUCACGAUCGUUAAUGUUGGAAAAUCUUUCAAAACUUCUACCACCAAAUCGCAUCUACAAAAAUCAUCUGUUUAAUGGAAACUUUGCAUCUGUUCAAAGUUGGAUUGAUGGUCUUCAGUUUGGAGUAUCGAAUGAAGUUAUGUCGACACUUCAAUCAAAGUCAAUUGAAAUGGAAAAUGCUAUUUUAACGCCUACACUCGCAUACAAAAUGAUCAAAAAUUUACAAACAAAAGUUUAUUUAUUAGAAAAAGAAUUUGAAGAUGUUGAGAAUCUUGGAAACGAUAGCAUUUUACUACCGUCGAUUCAAGGCUUAACAGACGUCAUUCUUGAUUUUGUUGUGCAACAAGAACCAAAGAAAAUUUAUUACAAACAGUGCCCGAAAUAUUAUAAGAAAAUUUCUGAGAAUCUUUAUUCGAUACGUGAAAUGGUGACUGAUUUAAAGCGACUUGCUGGAAAGAUAGAUCUUGAUGAUCUUGAAGAUUUCCCACUUAAUGAUGAUUUGCAGUUAAUUAAACGUUAUUUCCUGAUAACGGUUCAAGUUAUGUUUAAGCUUCUAAUAUCAGUCAUAGCUGAUAAUAUAGAACAUGCGAAAAGUGACAUCUUUGAAAUCAACAGUGGCUUUGAAAUUCUUCGUGACAUUAUCGUUGAUCAACAAGAAAAUGCAAAGCAAGAAACGAAGGAAGCGAUAAGCUGCUUAGCACAUAUAACUGGACCUUGGCAGAGAUCUUCAGAAAGUAAUUUCAAAGAAUUAAAGGAUUAUGUUGAAGAUUAUAUAGAAGGAGUAACGAAGAUUGUAGAAACAACUGAAAGUUCACAAACAAUGUUGAUUUGCAUUGCAGUACUAAACAAUCUUUCUAGGCUUGAACCUACAGCUGUGUAUUCUUUAAUCUCACAUCAAAGCAUUUAUAAAGUGAGAAAUCGAAAACAACCACAUAGAGACGAAAACAAUUCUAACUCGAAUUCUAAACAAUCGUCUGCAUCGUCAUUAAAUCAUAGUGAUAAAAAUACAAAUAGCAGUAAAAAUACAAGUCCUACUAGAAAAUACGUGUCAUUAUCAUCAUGGUACAUUGCAAUAGGUGUAGCGAGUAUUGCUGUUGUAUCUUAUUUCGUUUAUUUUGGAUAUUUGGAAACGAGAGUCAACACACCACUUGACGAGAAAAAGAUUGUGCAAAAGAAUCCUGAUCCAGAAAAAUAUUGGGGAAGUUAUCGACCACAUACUUAUUUUGGUCUUAAAACGAGAGAUCCGCACUCGAUGGUCGUUGGCUUAAUGUGGUAUUUUCCAAAUAAAUUGCGACCAAAUGGUGAUGGAAUCAGACAUUGGUGUAAGCUUGAAGACAAUUUACAAAAAUAUGGUUGGACUCAACAUGAUGGAAAGAAUUUUGGCUUUCAAGAGAUUCACGAUGGAAACUUCUUGAUCGAAACUUCAUUCAUCAAAUUCUACACAGGAAAAUAUGGUGGUGAAUGGACAGCUCGUGUUGAUGUUAAGCCUAAGAACGCAAGCAUAUUAGAACCAAUGUCACUUAUUUGGUAUGCUGCUCUUGAUGAGAAAACAAGUGGCAGCAUUAAACCAACUUACGACUCAAUGUACGGCAUCGAUGGUGUCACAAAAGGUUUAGGAAAUUUCAAAAUUAAUUUGCACAACACUAAGGGAAAAAUCCUCAGACAAUCGUUUUUGAGUGCUCUCUCGCCAAGUUUACAAUCGCUUCGUGAAACUGUUUUAACAAACCUUAGACUCGCCAGUGAUAAAACGACUAAGGAGAAGUUUAUCAUUCUUUCUGGCGAAACUUUAGAUGAAACGACCAAACCAAACUUUGUAGCAUUGCAAGUUAAUGUUGAUUUACCAUUUACUUUGGAUAUCACAUUUCAAAGUGUCUCAAAUAUGAGUGCAUUUGCUGGAGAUGAUCUCAUAACGUUACCUGUUGGUGAUGAUUACACAAAAUUGCUGUCAAAGAAACAAAAAGAAUUCCGUAAGAAGUUCACUGAAACAUUUCAUCUUGAAGCGAAAGGAUAUGAAGAAGAUGAGAUAAAAAUUGCUGAAGCGACAUUAUCGAAUAUGUUGGGAAGUGUUGGGUACUUUUAUGGUGCUUCGAAGGUGCAAAGUGUCCACACAAACGGGCCAGUUCCAUAUUGGAGGGCUCCAUUGUUAACUGCUGUUCCAUCAAGAAGUUUCUUCCCUCGCGGUUUCCUUUGGGACGAAGGUUUUCAUGGACUUCUAAUAUCACCAUGGGACAUCGAUAUGGAACUUGAUAUCAUCAGUCAUUGGUUUGAUUUAAUCAACAUUGAAGGUUGGAUUCCCAGAGAACAAAUCCUUGGCGUUGAAGCACUUGCUCGUGUUCCAGAACAAUUUGUCAUUCAACACAAUUCAAAUGGCAAUCCCCCAACGUUCUUCUUGACGCUCAAACAUUUAUUGGAUAAAUAUCCUGAAGAAAUGUUGAAAAAUACACGAAUUGGAAUUCUUGAUAAGCUUUAUCCUCGGCUCAAUGCUUGGUUUACUUGGUUCAAUACAACACAGCGUGGUGAGCUACUUGGAACUUAUCGAUGGCGUGGACGUGAUGCCAGUAGCAUUACGGAAUUAAAUCCAAAGACUUUAACAUCUGGUUUAGAUGAUUUUCCACGAGCAUCUCAUCCGAAUGAUAACGAGCGACAUAUCGAUUUGAGAUGUUGGAUUGCUUUUGCUUCUGGUGUGAUGACUCAAUUGGGAAAUCUUCUUGGGAAGAACACUGAAAAAUAUGAAGAGACGUUUAAUUAUUUGACUGAUAAUCAACUUCUUCAUGAACAACAUUUCUCAUCGAAAACGAAAACUUUCGCUGAUUAUGGACUGCACACAGAUUCUGUUGUUCUUAAACGUCCACCACCACCACCACCUGUAAAAGAGAAGAAUCCUUAUGAACAGCCAACAAUCCCAGACAUGAUUCGUGUUUCUUUCGCUCAUCCUGAAACGAGAUUUGUUGAUACAACAUUUGGCUAUGUGAAUCUUUUUCCGUUUCUGUUGCAAAUUAUUGAUGCUCAACAUCCAUCAUUUGGAAUGAUCUUGAAGAAGAUGCGUGAUCCUGAGCUACUGUGGACAAAUCAUGGUCUUAGAUCGCUUGCGAAAAAUUCACCGCUUUAUAUGAAACGUAAUACUGAACACGAUCCGCCAUAUUGGCGUGGUCAGAUUUGGAUAAACAUCAAUUAUCUUGCACUUAAAAGUUUGUAUCAUUAUAUGAGAAUCGAGGGACCUUACGCAGAUCAAGCAAAAGAAAUAUAUCAAGAUCUUCGUAAAAAUGUCGUGUCCAAUGUUAUAAAGCAAUACAAACUGACUGGUUACAUUUGGGAGCAAUAUAAUGAUGAAACUGGAAAAGGUUCGGGAUGUUAUCCAUUCACAGGAUGGAGUGCAUUGUUUGUGACGAUAAUGGCGGAGAAAUAUUAAACCAUUUUUUUUAAAAAAAUUUAAUUGCUCAAAAGCUGCCACAAUUAUCGAAUUCUUCCCCUUAAGAUUUUCUAACUUUCAAUAAAUCUGAGAUUUGGGAGAUAGAUGCGGUGAAAUUUUUGAAUGUUUAAAUCGGGAUAAGAGAUUGUGAAGACGACUAAAAUUUCACUAAAUAUAAGGAAUAACUUUAGUCGUCUUCACAAUUUUAAUUUUUCCAAUUCUCUUGUUUUAACUUAUAAUUGAAAUGUGUGAUUUAAUGAUGAUUAUCGAUUGUUCCAUUGUAAACACCGUACUUGUAAAGAAACAAUCUAAAGUUCUCACUAAUUAUUAAAGAUUUUUGUUUUUCUAUAAACCUUUUGUUAUACUUGUUUUGUUAAUUAUAAAAUUGUAGUUAAGAUACUUAAGC